AUGGAUUUGGCGCGCAGUACUCUGGCUGAGUGGAUUUUACAGGAUGGACUGCCGGAUUUCGCUUACAGCACACAUGGUCGGACGGCCGAUAUCCGCGCUACCUCUGAUAAGGAAACUGCACACCUUAUACUCACGUGCUCCAGAGCGGCAGAUCUGUCGACGUUAGAAGCGAAAAGUUACCCAGAUCAACAGAAACAUCAAAUUGGCGUGCAGCUGAGAGUAGUUGUCGAAUUCGGGUUCAAUCAGAACAUGAGGUUGGCCGAAACUUGGGUUCCGCGCCGACGUGAUAAGUCCUAA